AUGACUGAUCAUAAAAUAAAUAUGGGAAUGCAACCUCUGAAAACAUUUUUAGCUCGUGCUAUGUAUGAUAAUCUGUCAGAAAAUCCAACAGAAUUAAGGUUUUCACGUGGUGAUAUAAUCACAGUUUUGGAUAGAAAUCCAUCUGGUUUAGAAGGUUGGUGGGUAUGUAGUAUUCGUGGUCAACUGGGAAUUGCACCGGGUAAUCGUCUGGAAUUAUUAGGUCUUAUAAAUAAAAAUAAAGUACAAAACAAUUCAGAUGUAUAUGACGAUCCAACAGGAUGGUGUCUAUUGAACAACAAUGACAACAAUCAAAACAACAGUAAAAAUAAUCUCGUCUAUACAAAAAAACCUACACAUUUUAAUGCACUUGUGGAAAAUCAUCUUUCUAUGGAUCGUAAUCUAUGUUCAUUAUAUGAAAACUUAGAUCCUUACAUAAAAUAUUCUAGUUCUAUUGGUUUAACAGACAGUGGAAACUUCUCUAAUCAGUCAAGUGAUGUUUCUUUCAGCAUACAUUCAAUGAAUGAUGGAAUAGUUGAUCCGAGAACUAAUCCGGAAAAUUCUUAUGAAGAUUAUGAAGAUUUACCACCCAGUAUACCGGAAGAAUUCCGUGAUACAAAUAAUUCAGGUGAACAUAGACCAAUUAGUACCAAUUCUUAUGAACAUGAAGUAACACAAAGUAAUGUUCAUCAUAAUACUGAUUCCAUUAGACAAUCAAAUAAAGAAUUAAUGUUUUCAUCAAAAGCACAAGAUAAAUCUAAUGCUAAAAUAAAUUCAAUUUCAAAUUUAAAUUUGUCUAAAGAAGAUAGUUCAGUAAAUAAUUUACAUUUUAAAGAAUUUCAAAGAGAUAUUCUUCAUUCAUGCACAAACAUUGUCGAUAAAAAACAUUCUACAUCAUCAGUUGAAUUAACUCCGACUAGCUUUAGAUCAGUGAAAGAAUUUACAGGAUAUUGGUUACCGAUUCAAGGACGUAUACAUGAUAAAUGUUUAAAUUUAAUGAAAGCAUUGAAUCAACACGAUAUAAUGAAUUCAAAGUUUUCAAUAGCUCCAUUAUUUGCACAGUUAAACAGUGAAUUUAUAAUUAUAAGUCAAUUAUGUACAGUUAUGAUAGGUCUUUCUAAACAAACAUCAUUAGACAAUGGUUUGACGCGUAAAUUUAUCAUAUAUCGUCAAAAUAUGGAAAAUUUGGCUGAAAUAUUUAUCAGACUAUCCAAAGGUUCCACCAAUGUUAAAUAUUUGAAUACCCAAUAUCAAAAAUUUGAUAGGCAGUCAACUGAUGCGAUUCAUUCAAAUAUUAGUAAUAAUAAUAAUGGCGUUGAAGAAAAUCAAACACUAUUUGAACAAACUAUUCAAGAAUUACUCACGGAAGUAAAUUUAUUUUACACAACAAUUUUAGCGAAUUCUAAAAUAUUGUUUAAUAAUUUGAUGAAUAGAUCCCCUAAAUCAAAUCAAAAAAGUUCUUCGUUAACAACAGAAAAAAUAAAUGUGUUCAAUGAGCUAAGUACUUCUAUUCCUUCAUUGCCUACACAUUCCUAUGAUUAUUCAUUACGAUUUCCAAACGAUAAACAAAGGUUUUUAUCCAAAUCUCAUGAAUUCAUCAACACUCUACCUUAUUCUUGUCAAAAAACAGUAUUCAUAAAUUUGAAUUUUCAAAAACUAUUACAACUUUGUUUAAGCUCAUUAAAUAUUAUUGAUAAUUAUUUAAAUUAUUUAACACAAUUUCAAAAUAAUACCAUAAAAAUUUGUACACCAUGCUUUAAAGAUUCAAAAAAGAAUAAUCUCUCUAUACAAUCUAUUAUAGAACAAACUAAACUAGUAAUGGAAUCAUGUAGUCAGUUAAUACGUUUUACAAAGUUCAUUUUCAAUGAAUUGAAACGGUCAUCAUCAUUUACAUUAUCAUCUGUCUAUGAUUUUGAUGAAAAUGAUCAUGUAAAUGCAGUAGCACAUACUGGUUUAUCGAGAAAACUAGAGUAUUUAACUGAUAAACUUUGUGAAUCCCUAAAAGCUUUAAUUACACUAACUAAAGAAACUGCAAAAUUCCUAACAAACGAAUUUGAAACUAUUCCAUCUAAUAAAAUUGUUCCAAUACCAGGUCCAUUAUUGCAGCGUUUAAGCGGAGCUUUAAAAUCAGUUCAAAAUUCAAUCGAAGCGAUUGGUAAAUUGAUUAAAAAUGAAUUGUUAAGGGAUAGUUAUCAGCAUUUAUCUACUGCACAAAUAAAAAGAAACUAAGUUUUUUAAUUUAUCUUUGAAUUGGUCUAGUUUUUUUCUCCGAAAUCAUUUAUCCUGCACUUAUAAAGAAUUUUUUUAUCGUUUCUGUGUGAUAAGUAAAUGAUAUGUAUGAAUUACACAUGUAUACAUAAAUAUAUGAACACAUUCAUAUCAUAAACAGCAUAUCAUUAUUUAAAGAAUUUAAUAAGUAGUUAUUCGCACAAUUUAUCUUUGUGUGUGUACAAUUCAACUGGUUUUUCUUUCUCUUGAACUGUAAUUAGAAAAACAAGUGGCCAUGCAUUUUUAUUUGUUCUUUACACUUAUUCAUUAUUUUUUUUUUUUAAAAAAAAGGCAAUCAUUGAUGAAUAUAAAUGAGUUUUCAUUUUAUUGUCAAUCGAUUUUAUUUUUAACGGUAAGGACAAUUUUCUAUACUAACUUACAAACUUCAUGCUGAAUGUCAAUAGUGUUGUUUUGC